AAUGUUCUAUCUAUUCGUUGAGCAUAUACGAGAAGAAAAAGAAGAAGAAGGAAACAACACCGAGUGGCAGUGAGCAUCAAGGUAGCCGUCAUGGGCCGGCUGCUUGUUUCUUUCUUCGCUUGUUGCUCUUCUUUUUUAGCAAAGUGAUAAAAAGACGCAAUCGAGAAAAAGACACAUCAGUCUAGGUCGGUGAUUAUCGGCGAAUAGAAGUACACAGAGUGCAAUUUCAUUGUGAUUGAAAUUUUAUUUUUCUGAUUUUAUUCUGUUUUUUCUUUCGUUUGCUUUUUGAAUGCUACAAUGCGUCUGAUAAGCGUGACUAUUGGAAUUUUGGCAUUAAUUGUCUGUACCACAGCAAAACUUGCUCCAACCAUUCGAUUGAGCAGUGGCUAUGAUAUACCUGUCAUUGGACUGGGAACGUUUGAGUCUACAGCAGGCGAUGCGGAACAAGCUGUUAAAGAUGCAAUUGACGCUGGAUACCGCCACAUUGAUACCGCAUUUUUAUACGGAAACGAAGUGGAAGUGGGAAAUGCAAUCAGGGCGAAAAUCGACGAGGGAGUAAUCAAGCGCGAAGACAUUUUCAUAACUACAAAGUUGUGGAGCACCUUUCAUGAGCCAGAACAAGUGGAAAAGGCAUUCCAACGAUCAUUCGAUAAUUUAAAUUUGGGCUACAUUGAUUUGUAUUUAAUACAUUAUCCAGUGUCUUAUCGUCGUGUUCUACAAAAUAUUCGUUUGCCCUCGGAUGAUGUGAAUGCAUUCUACGUUUUCCCAGUUGAUAAAGAUGGUAAAAGUCAAACAACUGACGUGGAUUAUGUGGACACAUGGCUGGCAAUGGAAAAGCUCGUACAAAGUGGUCGUGUGCGUAGCAUUGGCAUAUCGAAUUUUAAUAGUGUGCAAACGGAUCGAAUUUUGUCAAUAGCAACCAUAAAGCCGGUGACAAAUCAAAUCGAAUGUCACCCAAAUCUCAAUCAACGCAAAUUGAUCAAUUUCAGUGGACAGCGUAACAUCACAAUUACAGCAUAUUCGCCGUUAGGUCGACCUCAUACACAAAGUGGCAAGAAAUUGGCUAUUUCGGAUCCAAAGGUCUUGGAAUUGGCACAAAAGUACCGAAAGACACCAGCUCAAGUAGUUUUACGUUAUACGCUACAAAAUGGAGCCAUCAUUAUACCCAAAUCCACUAAUAAGAAUCGCAUACAAGAGAACUUCAACAUUUUCGACUUCGAGCUGAGCGAUACUGACAUGCAAAUCAUGCACGAUCUGAAUAAUAAUUAUCGUCUAAUUAACUUUGAAAGCGACAAAGACAAUAAAAACUAUCCGUUCAACAUAGAUUUUUAGGUUCGGAACGUGAGCCGCGCGACUUUGCCGUUCAGUCAUGAGUUGAAUGCUGCGUACAUAGUCUUUAUUUUUGGUUUUUCUUUCCUCCACACACACACACACACACACACACGUCCAUACAUCAAAUUGAGUAUCGCAUAUUUUUUUCAGAAUUGAUUGAAAUGCACACGUGUAUUAAAUGUGGGAACAGGUUUAAUUUCUUCAUCGGUCGCGCAAAUACAUUCAACCGUUUAGUAUUUUUUUUUGUAUGUUAGGUAACUUUUUUGGCUUCAAUCAAUAAACUACUUUUUUGAAAAAAAAAAA